AUGGAACCUUCGCCAUAAUCUACAGUCAAAGAUAACUUUGCUUCUUCUAGAUUUUCUUCCUCGGGUGGUAAAGAGACUGUGCUCUAUUACUCAUUCAACUAAGAUAAUACUUGCUUAGCAGUCGGUACAAAGAGAGGUUUCAGAAUUUACCAAUGUCAUCCAUUCGAUAUAAUUUCAUGGGCAGACAUUGGGCCAGUAAGCAUAGUAGAGAUGCAAUAUACUUCUAAUAUAUUGGCCUUAGUAGGCUUGGGAGAUAACCCCCAGUUCUCUUAGCGACGAUUAACCAUUUGGGAUACAAAAAUCAUGGGUGCAACAUGCGAGAUUUCCUUUAAUUCUAAGCUAGUGAAACUGAAAUUAAACUAGGAGCUGAUAUUCUGUGCAACAAAGGAUAGAAUAUUUAUAUACAAUUUAGAUGGAAUGCGCAUUCAAGACAAGCUAGAUGUGAAUGAUCAUCUUGGCCGUAUUGUACUCAGUCCAAACGCAACAUUUAAUCCAUAUCUUGUGUAUUCGCAGUCAUUGAAAGAAGGCACUCUGGAGGUUUAUGAUACUUCCACUUAGAGGAAAGUAGCCACUAUCAAAUGUCAUAGAACCCCGAUUCUCAAAAUAGGAAUGGGACCAUUUGGAAACACAGUGGCUACAUGCAGCACUCAAGGUACAAUGAUAAGAGUAUUUAGCAUACCAAACGGAGACAAGUUAUACACAUUCACUAGAGGAAUAAAAAAUACCACCCAGUACUAUUUGAAUUUCAGCAAUGAUAAUUGCUUCCUGCUGAGUUCUUCUGACUCUGGGACAAUACAUGUGUUUUAAAUGGAAGAUCCCAAAAGAAUGUCGACAACCUAGAAUAAAGUGGAUAAAAAGUCUAUAAUAGAUGAAACUAGGUAGCCUUUAUAAAGACCAAGCAGCUGGUUUACAUUUUUAGUGCCUAAAGCGUGUGAUGACUUUGUCCAUGCUGAAAAGUCUGCAUUGUCUCUCAAUCAUGCUCCUCUCAUUCAAAGAAGUAAUAUAGUAGCUACUAAUUACCUCAACAACUUUAUAUACGCAUUCACAUAGGAGGGAGAGUUCUUUGAAUUUGAGAUGGAUUUAGAAAAGAAAGUAAUAAAGUUUUCGCAGAAAAAACACAUAGAUGAAUUUUAGAAUUGA